AUUAAUUGCCAUUAAUAAAUUUAUUUUCUUUAAGCUAGUAAAAAUGAAAUGGAUCGAGUUCAUAGAAUCCAACCAACCAAUUAGACGUUACCGACAGACGGCCAAAGGCUUUUACGCGUUCGAUGAUUCCUUAGUGAAAGCCGUUGGGUAGGUCCAAAACCGGAGAGGCUCCUUUGAACGUAAAAGAUUGACCACAAGCACUAAAUGCUCCUUUAAUGCACUCUUCCUGAUAAGAUUUAAACCAUAAUAAUAUCUCUUUGUCUGUUGGCUUUCCCUUUCUUUUGUUUUUUUUUUUUCUCAACUAGUUACUCAAAUUCCUUUCCUGGGUUUUUUCCUUUCUUUUGGUGUUGUUUUUACUUGAACAGAGCAAAACUUUUUAGCCUCUAUGAUUUGACUAUUUGAGCGAUCUUUUAAAACAAAAGAAGCUUUGAAAAAAUGGGUCUUUUGAGCUCUGUGUUGGGUGUUUUUGGCUUCGGAAUUGGAACUUCGGUUGGGCUUGUCAUUGGGUAUUACAUGUUCAUCUACUUCCUGCCUACUGAUGUUAAGGAUCCUAAGAUUCGUCCUUUAAUUGAGGAAGACUCAAAAACUUUGCAGCGGUUGCUUCCAGAGAUCCCUUUGUGGGUCAAAAAUCCAGAUUUUGACCGUGUUGACUGGCUUAACAAAUUUAUUGAGAACAUGUGGCCUUAUCUGGACACGGCAAUUUGCACAACUGCCAGGAAUAUAGCAAAGCCCAUUAUUUCUGAGCAAAUCCCAAAAUACAAAAUUCAGUCAGUUGAAUUUGAAACGCUUACUCUCGGUACCCUACCACCAACUUUUCAAGGAAUGAAAGUCUAUGUCACUGAUGAAAAGGAACUUAUUAUGGAACCAGCAUUUAAGUUGGCAGGGAAUCCUAACAUCAUUAUCGCUGUUAAAGCUUUCGGAUUAAAAGCCACUGUUCAGGUUGUUGAUUUGCAAGUAUUUGCUGUUCCUCGAAUAACUCUGAAGCCUUUGCUCAAUGUCUUUCCUUGUUUUGCGAAUAUCUGUGUUUCCCUAAUGGAGAAGCCGCAUGUUGAUUUUGGGCUAAAGUUACUUGGGGCAGAUGUUAUGGCCAUUCCUGGAUUAUACAGGUUUGUCCAGGAGCUCAUAAAAGAUCAAGUUGCAAAAAUGUACCUGUGGCCUAAAGCCUUAGAAGUGCAAAUAAUGGAUCCUACGCAAGCUAUGAAGAAACCUGUUGGAAUUCUUGAUGUGAAGGUUCUGAGGGCAAUGAAGCUUAAAAAGAAAGAUCUUCUGGGCAAAUCAGAUCCUUAUGUGAAACUAAAAUUAACCGAGGAAAAACUCAAUGCAAAGAAAACUACUGUGAAACACAGCAACUUGAACCCUGAAUGGAAUGAGGAUUUUAAUUUUGUUGUUAAAGAUCCAAACACUCAAGCUUUGGAGAUAAAUGUCCAUGACUGGGACCAGAUUGGCACACACGAAAAGAUGGGCAUGAAUGUUGUUCCAUUGAAAGAUCUUACACCUGAUGAGCCAAAAGUUUUGACUCUUGAUCUGCUGAAAAAUAUGGACCCAAAUGAUCCACAAAAUGAGAAGUCACGUGGGCAGCUUGUCAUGGAAGUCUUGUACAAACCUUUCAAGGAGGAUGAGAUACCAAAUGACAUUGAUGAUUGUAGUAUGGUACAAAAAGCUCCAGAAGGAACACCCGCAGGUGGAGGUUUGCUUGUAGUUAUUGUGCAUGAAGCUGAAGAUAUUGAAGGAAAGUACCAUACAAACCCACAUGUGCGUUUGUUAUUCAGAGGGGAGGAGAGAAAAACAAAGCGUGUAAAGAAAAGCAGAGAUCCAAGAUGGGAAGAUGAAUUUCAGUUUAUGGUGGAUGAACCACCCACAAAUGAUAAAAUUCACGUGGAAGUAAUUAGUACAUCCUCCAGGAUAGGGCUAUUGCAUCCCAAGGAAUCUUUGGGUUAUGUUACCAUAAACCUAGCUGAUGUUGUUAGUAACAGAAGAAUCAAUGAAAAGUAUCAUCUCAUUGACUCGAAAAACGGCCGGAUUCAAAUUGAGAUGCAGUGGAGAACCUCAUCUUAAUUAUGCCGCAAUUUGGUUUUUUGAAAGUUUGUAAAGGAGAUCAGUCCCGAUGUUUUCUGAUACUAGCCACUAUAGCAUUGCCACGGUGUUUUAUCACUUCCCUUCUGUUGAACAAAGCUUCCUCACACUCUUUUCAGUAUGUUGUUAAUAUCAGUCACUAUCAAUUUCCUUGCAAUUAUUUCCUUCCUUUUCUAUAAUUCUGUUCUUGAAAGUAUGGAAUAUGCGUGCCAACUCUUUGAAAAUACAAAU